CUUCACUUUUCCCAUUCAUCGACCCAGACCGCCUACGCCAGCCACGAAUCCGGCCAGCCCAGACGACGCCAGCCAGCCCAAUCACUUCUUCCGGCCGCUGCUCCUCCACGCCGGCUUGAUAUUCAUUGUUUGGCCCCAGAAAAUCGAAAUCUUCAGUGAUGGGAAAGUCACGUUCACUCAGACCGGAAUCAAUGUCCAAAUCCGACCUUAAAUUCGAGAAGAAGCGCCAGUUCUAUGGCAAGGUUAGAGAGACUGUUGCUGCCUUGAGUGCCCAGAAGGCUAUUGGUAAGAAGAAGAAACAUCGAAGGGGGCAGAAGAAGUUGAAAGUAUAUGAUCUCUCUUCCCUCUCAGAGUUCCUUCCUGAGUUGAAGACUCCGCAGCAACCAACUCCUGCAGCUGAGUUCAACCUGAAUUGUAAAUCUCGGCAAAAGUUAAUCUUGAAGGAAGGUAAACAGUUGAGUGCAGUUCUUAACCAUCCUGCUUUCCGGUUGGAUCCUCUGGCUGCCAUUUAUCAACACCUGCAGAGCACACAACCGGUUACAGAUGAGAAACCAAAGAAAAGGAAAAACAAGAAUGGAGGGAAGAAGAGAAAAGAGAAGAAGUCUAAGGUUUCAGAUGGGCCUCAAUCUAUGGUUAUGUGAUUUAAAAGAUAAGCUUUCCCAUUCUGCUUCUUUGAGCCAUAUUUGUUCAUAUCAAGUUUUAAAAGUUUAGAAUGCUCACAAUUUGGAAUGUAAAAUACACUUGCCUUUCUGUAGAGAUACUAUUAAUCUGAACAGUGUAAUUUUUCUUUUCCUUUUUCUGUCAAGAAUAUAUUUGAGAAGGAAAUAUCAUCUGGUUUUUGAAGCCUUUCAUUUUUA